AUGGCCAUGAAAAAUCAUUAUAUCCCUGAUUCAUUUCAAAGAGCAUCUAACAUUAGAGUCCCAUUAGCACCCACUGUUAAAUUCGAAAUAAAUCCAGGAAUUUUUCAAAUGCUCCCUAAUUUUCAUGGAUUGCCUUUAGAGGAACCUCAUCAGCACUUAGAAAAAUUUCAUAUGGUCUGUGAUUUAGUUAAUCUCCCUCAAGUUACACCAGAAAUUAUUAAGAUGAAAUUAUUCCCUCAUACACUUAGGGACAAAGCUAGUCAUUGGCUAUCCACAUUAGAUAGAGAAUUAACUAGCUGGAAAGAUAUAGAACAGGCCUUUCUUCGAAAAUUUUAUCCCUUAGGAAAAACUCAAAAUAUGAGAAAACAUAUAUGGAGUUUUUCUCAAAGACCAGGAGAAACUUUGCAUGAGACAUGGGAAAAAUUCAAGGAUUUACUUAGAAAGUGUCCUCAUCAUGCUAUACCCAAGUGGCAGCUCAAUAGAAUUUUUUAUGAUGGAUUAUUAGAACAACAUAGAAAUAUGGUUGAUUCUAUAUGUGGAGGAGCUUUUAUGGAGAAAACUCCUGAUGAGAUUUACAAUCUUUAUGAGAAUUUAAGUGAAAAUUUUAGAGAUCAAGCCUCUUUUGAAUUAUAUGAUAGGGAUAAGAAGAGAGGAAUUUAUGAAUUGCAUCAUGAUGAUGAUUCUAAACUUAGAAAUGAGGUUAAUCAGAUUAAUCAAAGAUUAGAAAAAAUUGAUUUACUUAUUGACAAUAUUAGAAAGCCUUUUAACCCUCAACUUAAUUCGAAUAGUACAUGUCCUAUGUAUGGUGAAAACGAUUAUUCUGAAUUUCAAUGUUAUAAUUUAGAUCAAUCAUUUCACCCUAUGCAAGAACAAGUGCAAGUGGCUCACGGUUUUAAUAGAAACAGGGAACCUUUUUCAAAUUCUUAUAAUCCUAAUUGGAGGAAUAGUUUUUCAUGGAGAGACCCAAAUAAUAUUCAAAAUCCAGAAGCACUUAGACCCAAUUCAAACUCUGAAUUUCGUCCAAAACAAGAAAACAGAUUUCAGAAAAAUCAGUCCUCUCAAAUCCAACCUGAUGCUAUGGAAAUGAUGCAGCAAAUGAGCCAAAUGAUGCAACAAACUAUGAACCAAAUGAUGCUGCACCAGAAACAAAUUAUAGAGGCCCUUGGGAAUAAGAGAGAAGAGGGACAGCUACCUAGUCAGCCCAUAGAAAAUCCAGGGAACCGCCCAACAAUAGGAUUUCAGCAUGGGGAGUCUAGUAGCAUGAAUCUAGGAAAAAACCCACGAAAUGAAAAUGUUAGGACAGUGAAUGCAUUAAGGAGUGGUAAGAUCUUACCUGAUCCUUAUCCCCAAACAUUAGAAGAAAAAGAAAAUGUGGACACCCCAAAACAAAAUCAAAUAGGAGUAGAAGAGGAUUUUAUAGAUUCUACCAAAGAAAUUUCGAAAGAGAGGACAACCAUUCCAUUUCCUAAAGCUCUAGAGCCUAGACAAAGAAAGAAAAAGGAACACAAUGAAGAAAUAAAGAAAAUUUUACAAGAUGUGCAAAUUAGUCUUCCUUUACUCACUGCCAUUGAACAUAUUCCUGAAUAUGCUAGAGUUUUGAAAGAAAUGUGUACACCAAAAAGGGCACCUAGAGUAGAAAAAUUAUCUAUGCAUGCUAGUGCGUUAUUAUUAAAUCAAUUACCAUUUAAAUUGAGAGAUACAGGUGCUCCUUUAAUUUCGUGUGAUAUUGGUGGAUUCAUUUUUCAGAAUGCAUUACUUGACACCGGUGCUAGUAUUAAUUUAUUACCUGCAAGUAUUUGUGAUAAAUUUAAUAUUUCUGAUCUUAAACCUUCUACUGUUACCUUACAAUUUGCUGAUAGAUCCAUAAAACAUCCUAAAGGUAUCUUAGAAAAUGUGAUAGUGACAGUUAAAGGGUGUAAAUUUCCAGCUGAUUUUGUAGUGCUGGAAAUGGAUUUUAAUGGACAGUUUUAUGAUACACCAAUCAUCCUAGGGAGACCAUUUUUGCAUACAGCAAAGAUGAAUAUUGAUUUUCCCACAGGUAUUGCAAAAAUUUCAUGUGGAGAUCAAUCAGUAGAAAUUAAAAUUUUUGAGGUAUCAAAUGAUCUUAAGAAAUCCCAAGUAUAUGAUUGUCAUACCAUAGAUCUUCUAGAUGAUUUUGAUGAUCCAGAUGUUAUUGAUGACUGUGUGCUGGAAGAAUUAGAGGAAAUAGAGAAUAUAAAUUUAGAAGAAAAGAAAGAGGAAGAUCAUCUGAAUUUAGAGUUGAAACCUCUCCCCUCUAGUUUAAAAUAUAUGUUUUUGGAGGAAAAUAAUUCAUUUCCUGUUAUUAUUGCAGCUGAUUUGAGUAAUGAACAGGAAGAAGAAUUAUUAGAUGUACUUCGAAAAAAUAAGAAGGCUAUGGGCUGGAAAAUGGACGAUCUAAGGGGCAUUGAUAUGAGAGUAUGCAUGCAUAGUAUAUAUUUAGAGGAGGGGGCUAGAACUAGCAGGGAACCACAACGAAGAUUAAAUCCUAACAUGAUGGAAAUUGUAAAAAAAGAAAUUUUAAAGUGGCUGGCUGCUGAUAUUAUUUACCCUAUUUCAGAUAGCAAAUGGGUUAGUCCUACACAAGUAGUGCCAAAAAAAUCAGGGAUCACGGUUAUAAAAAACGAAAAUGGGGAGGAAAUACAAACAAGACUAACUACCGGUUGGAGAGUUUGCAUUGAUUAUAGAAAAUUAAAUUCAGUUACUAGAAAAGAUCAUUUUCCCCUACCAUUUACUGAUCAAAUUUUAGAAAAAUUAGCUGGAAAAAAACUUUUUUUGUUUUCUGGAUGGAUACUCUGGUUAUAA